CUGCAUCAGGGGGGGGGGAAGGGGGGUUUCUCCCUUCACCUCCCGCCAUUCACCAUCCUGCGGAUUUCAUCUUGCAGAUAACAGCUAAUUCACCAUUACCCAUACGAUGCACCACCUCGCCCUCUAUCCACAAUGCGGCGCCUGCACCGACAUGAUCUUCAGACAUGAGCGAGUCGUAGCACUUUUCGGCAAGGAGGACGACUCGAGCUCGUACCUGGGACGGACCGAGCCGUUCCCCUUCCCGGACGCCGCCCGCUCGGUCGCUAGCGUCAACGGCUUUCGGCUCUGUCGGUUCCCCGAUUGCAAGCGGUGCGCCGCCUCGCCCCAGUUUAUGCCCAUACACUGCGACUGCUUCGAGGUCUUCCGGAAGUGCUGCGGCGAGGGCGUCGACGCCUCGGCACGGCUCUGGACCGUGGCCGCGUGGAGGAGCCCUUGGCGCCGCGCCCCCCCUAUCUACCUGGCGAGCGAGACGCUCGAGGCCGACUCCCUCAGGGCCAUUGCCGACAUCGCCCGCCUGCCGCAGCUGUACGAGCUCCCGACCGAGCUGCUCGAGAUGGUCCGGCGCUAUUCCGAGCACGCCUUGCUAUGGCGCGCCAUCUCGGCGCGCAGUCUGGCCGCGCGCGUGUCGGCCACCUCGCCGAACCCCCUCCUUACGCUGUCGCUCGACGACAUCCUCUUCUGGGAACGCGGCGGCGAGCUCGAGAGGCGCGACCCCGGCCGCCCGCCGCUCUCGAGCUCGACCAUGCAACUGACCAUCGACUCCGACGGCAUUAGAAGGGUUGAGCGCCCCUCGCCCCCGUCUCCCGAGGUAUUCUCCCGCGGCGCCUUCGCCUACGUCGUCGAGGACCAGCAGGCGAUCGCCAAGCUCGAGGCCCAGUUCAAGGACGGCCUGCUGCGCCUGGUGCUGCCACGCGGCCAGCCGGCGCCGGCACCGCGCAUCUGGAACACGCCGAACCCGCCGGACAUGCCGCGCUGCGAGACGUUCAUGCGGGGCGCCACGGGACUGUCGCCGGCGCGCCUCUUCGCGGUCGACGCGGACCACCGCGCCACGGGCAUCACCUUCUUCUUCUCGGCGGGCGCGCUCUUCGGGGUGCACGUGCACGUGCCGCACGCGCCCGACGCGACGCCCGCUUUCCGCCGCUUCUCGCGCGCCCGCCGCCGCACCAUGGUCUGGGUCUACCUGCCGCUCGCGCCUCGGCACGACCCCCUGCUGGCCCUGGGCGUGCGCCGCUCCCCAGCUCCUAGCAGCCCCGCCAUCCUCGCCCGCACCCAGCGUGGCGCCGCCCACGGCCUCCCCGAUGUCGUCAUCGGGCCUUACCUCCCUGGACCCGCGCGCGACCACGUGGUAAACCGCGCGGUUACCGGGCCCCCGAUCACCCUCGUCUACAGCGAGCCGCUCCAGGGACGCCCCAUCCCGUUCUUCGGUGCGUGCGUGCGGCCGGCGGGGGCAGCAGCGGCGAGCCGGACGAGGCCCGGCGCCCCCGACGCGCCGGCAGAGCCGCCGUUCGCGGCGCUCGAGCCGCGGGCGCACCCGCUCGGCGACGGCGCGUACUUCGCGCGCGCGCCGCUGGCCGGCGUGGCCGCAGCCGAGCUGUUCUACGACGAGGGCGGCCGCUUCUGCCGCGGGCUGCUGCUGCGGUACCGCGGCGGGGCGCGCCGCGCGCUCGGCCAGUGCCGCGUGCACGUCGACGCGACGGCGCGCGUCGCAGAGCCGCGGGGCCUCUGCCACCGCCUCGAGACGCGCGCGCGCGGCCCCCGCCGCACCGCGUACGCCGUCGAGGUGGCGCUGCGGGACGGUGCCGGCGACCACGGUCACCGCGGCGAGGAGGGCUGGAGCUGCCACCGCCUCGAGGGCAUGCUGAACUUCUGGUUCACCGACGUCUCGUCGUUCAUAGAGAUUGAUAGCUAGUCGCCAGUUGCUGCGUGUCCUCCUAGUAGCCGUAAUCGGUCUACCCGCACAGGACGUAUUGUCGUACCUAUGUAAUAGCAUCGCUAGGUUGGACCGAGCCGGUGCGGACCGUGUACUGGUGCUUCAACGCGGGCGACGCCAUCCCCGUUAUUCUUCGCCGGGGUAUUCUCUAGAUAUUUUGCGCCUCCUGCCGCGAGUCUGGAGACUAUGGCGAUCCCGCACUCGCCAGCGCAGGGGUGGUCGUUCAGCUA